UAACCCCGGUCCAGUAUAGCAACGGCGUAAGCACCAGCGGAGCAGCCGCUGUGAUUUUCUUCCCCCCAAUUCGUCUCUCUUCUCCAUCGACCAAAAACCAGGUUCCUCCAAAUCCUUAUUUGCUACCGUCUGACUAGAGCUAAGAAUCAGUAAACAAAGUAUUCUAGGUUAGGCGAAUCUCCUGCCAAAACAAGUUUCUUUGCUUCUGCAUCACUCCAUUACAACAACUGUAGCAAUCUGUUAAUCGCCCUCUAGGGCAACUCUGGUUCAAGCAUGGCAAUUUCAUAUCCUACUUUCCGAAAUCAGAAACAAAUGCGCUAAACCUUCACCAACACGGUCAUAAUCUUUCCGCAUCCUUUUUAAGCCAGCUGAAAUCAGAGUUUGAAGAUCGGAUUUCAGGCUUUUCCGAACAAAAGAGAGGAAAAUGGCAUUUUUCGGUUCACUCAGAUCAGCAAUCUUCGACAAGGAAGAUCGAAAACGGCAGUACCAAGCUCAUAUUCGUGGCCUUAAUGCAUACGACCGGCACAAGAAGUUCUUGAAUGAUUACGUUGGCUUCUAUGGGAAAGAAAAGUUGUCGAACGUGAAAUUGCCAGUUAAAACAGAUCAGGACACCCUAAAAGAAGGGUACAGGUUCAUACGUUCAGAGGAAGACGACAUGAAUCCGUCUUGGGAGCAAAGGCUUGUGAAGCGUUACUAUGAUAAGCUUUUUAAAGAAUAUUGCAUAGCUGACAUGUCACAGUAUAAGAGUGGAAAGAUUGGUUUGAGAUGGCGGACAGAGAAGGAAGUCGUAUCUGGGAAAGGGCAGUUCAUAUGUGGUAACAAGCAUUGUGAUGAGAAAGAUGGUUUGGCGAGCUAUGAGGUUAACUUUUCUUAUUUUGAAGCUGGAGAACACAAACAAGCCCUUGUGAAACUAGUUGCUUGUGAAAGGUGUGCGCUAAAGCUUAACUACAGAAAACUAAAAGAGAAGGAGCAAUCAGAAGGAAGCAAGAAAAAAGAGAACAAACGGAAAAGGGAUCAGUCUCGGAGUGACAGUGACACGGCUGAGGAUUAUGAUAGGAGGAAAGAGAAGAGAAAAGGGAAAAUGGAGUCAGUCCCAGAUGACCAUCGGGAAAGUAAUGAAGAUGAGAACUUUGAUGAAUUUCUUGAGGGUAUGUUUCCUUGAUUUAUCUUUUCUUUUCAAGAGGAGGUACAGCCAGCUUUGGAUCGUCCUCGCAUCCACAGCAUAGUCAGUCACUGCACAAGGUUUUCUUUAAAAUAUCCCCAAGUGAAACCUCCUCUAUGUAAUCAAUUUUGUAGCUUGAGAAUACGUGUGAAUUGCAGAAGCGCAGUGGUUUUUCUGUUGCGCGUUCUAAAGCAAUAACAGAUGCGCGAACUUUGGAUUGUAUUGUAUUUAUGUAGCUUAGUCUUCUUCUGAAUCUAUAUAAUUUUUUAAAAAAUAAUUAAUCUUGCA